AUGACAGACUUUCAAGUGAAUGCCACUACGGUGCUGGCACUUGGAGUAUCUCUAAUCACUUUACGUACAAUCUGGGUUAUCAUCUUUCGGCUCUAUUUGUCACCCAUAUCCAGAAUCCCAGGCCCCAGGCUCGCUGCUCUCACUUUCUUCUACGAGUUCUACUACGAUGCCAUCUGUCGGGGACGAUUCCUCUGGAAGAUCCAGGAACUACAUCGCCAGUAUGGCCCUAUUGUGAGAAUCAACCCCUAUGAAGUCCACAUCAAUGACGCAAAUUUCUACGAUGAGAUCUAUGCCAAUGGCCCUCACCGGCCGCGGAACAAGGUCCGCUUCAUGUCGACUCAUGAUGAAAGCAUGUUCGACAGCUUCAAGGCUGAGACUCACAGAGUACGUCGGGCAGCUUUGUCUGGAUCUUUCUCAAAGCAGUCUAUUCGUGCCUUGGAGCCGCGGAUUCUAGACACCAUCAGUCAACUCACCGGCAGAAUGAGCACACUCAACGGAACAGGAGAAGUUGUCAAUCUCAAAGCAUUGUAUAGCGGUCUGACUAUGGAUGUCAUAGCUCAGUACUGUUUUGGGGAGAGUAUGGAUAACAUGAAGCAAGAUAAGUUCGGCAAGGAACUGCUAGACUUUUUCCACGAAAUGCCCCAGGCUCAUCCCAUUGGACGCAUGUUCCCGUGGCUGUUUGAUAUUAUUCAAAAAGUCCCCAUCAGCUUCCUUGCCAAAAUGGAUGCGAAGCUACAACCGCUUGCAGACUACGACAAAAAGAUUUCUGGUCAGAUCUCAGACGUCCUUGCUAAAGAGAAGCAAGACGGUAUCAGGACAGUCUUCCAUGAGAUGCGAGAUAGCAAACAGCUUCCAGAGGCUGACAAAACACUUGAACGCUUCAAGUCAGAGGCAGCAAUUUUUCUCGGUGCUGGAACUGAAACUACUGCUGCAGCACUUACGACCUUGAGCUUUCAUCUGGCGGAGAAUCCAGCUAUGUUGGCGAAGUUGAGGGAGGAGCUCAAGACGGUUAUGGGUGCACCGAUUACGGUGGCUAGGCUGGAGCCGCUGCCAUAUUUGACUGGGGUUAUCCAAGAGGGCAUCAGACUUUCGUUUGGUGUGCCUGGAAGAUCACCGAGAUAUGCCCCAACUGAAGACCUUUGCUACGCCGGUUACAAUCUCCCACGUGGUACCCGUAUGAGCGCAUCAUCCUAUCUCAUCGACACAGAUGAGGAGCACUACCCAGACCCCUUUAAAUUCGACCCUGAGCGGUGGAUGCACGGUAAGGCUAGCCUAAGCCGCCAUUUCGUCCCCUUCUGCAAAGGUAGUCGGCAGUGCAUUGGGAUGAACCUGGCGUAUGCUGAACUGUAUCUUACUGUUGCGACGGUCUUUUCAAGGUUUGACUUGGAGUUGGUUGGGACUUCGCAGAGGGAUGUGGAGAUUGCUCAUGACUUUUUCGUGGGCAUGCCGGCUUUGGAUUCGAAGGGGGUUGUGGCGAGGGUCGUGAAGGAUCUCGGUGGUCAUUAG